AUGGGUAGAAACACUCCAGAGCAUGGCGAUCCUGAUUCUUUGCCGAGCUCAAGCCAGCCGAGCAAGUCAAACAGCGAGGAUGGUCCUACACCCCCGGCCAACGUCGAUGACGCCGCGCUGGUUCGCAAGAUUGACAUGCGCGUAAUGCCAAUGCUGUUUGCGAUUUAUUUCGUCGCGUUUUUGGAUCGAGUGAACAUCUCCAACGCGCUCACAAUGAGCAUGCCAGAGGAUCUGAAUUUGUACGGCGAUCGUACAAAUGUCGCCCUGUUGAUCUUUUAUAUCCCAUACGUUCUGUUGGAGAUCCCCUCUAACAUCCUCAUGAAAAAGCUCAAGCCCCAUAUCUGGCUGUCUGGGUGUAUCGUGGCAUUUGGCGUUGUCAUGCUCGGUCAGGCCUUCGUUCAUAACUACGCAGGUCUGAUUGCGACUCGCUUCUUCCUCGGAUUAGCGGAAUGCGGUAUCUUCCCUGGAAGCUUCUAUCUGAUCAGCUUUUGGUACAAGCGUGCCGAGGCACAGAAGCGAUUCACGAUGUAUUGGUCUGCCGUGAUCUUUGCCGGUGCCUUUGGUGGGCUCAUCGCCUCAGGAAUUGCCAAAAUGGAUGGCAUGCGUGGACUGGAAAAUUGGCGAUGGAUCUUCUUGCUGGAAGGCAUCGCGUCUAUCCUCGUUGGCAUCGCGGCGUUUUUCUUCUGCGCUGAUUUCCCACAGCAGGCAUCCUGGUUAACCGAGGAUGAGAAGACUGCUGUGGUUGUGAAAACUCGCAACUAUAACGAUGAUGAUGACAAGGUGACAAAGUCUGAUUUGGCCAAGAGCUUCAAAGACCUGAAGCUGUGGCUGGCCACAAUCAUGUAUUUCACAAUUGUGAUUCCAAUCUACGCCUUCUCUUACUUUGCUCCGACCAUCAUCAAGUCACUUGGAUACGGAACCAUCCAGACCCAAUUGCACAGCGUGCCCCCCUUCGCCGCUGCCGUGGGACUAUGCGCGAUCACCGCAUAUCUCUCCGAUCGAUGGGCCAUCCGCGUCCCAUUCAUUCUCUUUGGUGAUCUGCUGAUCAUCAUCGGCCUAGCAAUCAUGUUGACCAUGCACGGCGCGAGUCACUUCUCCGCCGAGUAUCUUGGAAUCUGCUUCAUCACUAUGGGAGCCUUCACCUCUGGUGCGGUCAUCAUCUGCUGGGCCAUGAUGAACAUGCAUGGCCACAAGGAGCGUAGUAUUGGGUCCGGCGUGGUGAUCGGCAUUGGUAAUGCGGGUGGUAUUGUCGCUGUCUUUUGCUUUACCAGUGACGAUGCACCCUUGUAUAAGCGCGGAUACUGGAUUUUGAUGGGUGUCACUCUCGCUGGUACAGUGAGCACCCUGGCAUAUCUCUUGGUUGUGUUGCGUGAGCGGCGUCAUCAGUUACAAGUAGAAGGCAGGACGGACAAGGAGAGGAUUGCCUCACUUUAG